AGGUAGAAGAUAUAAAUGAUAUGUUUGCAGCAAUGGACCAGAGGAUAUUAGAUGUUAUUGAUACGCAACAAACAAUUAUAGAAUUCUUUGAAACUGAUGAAAGUUUAUAUAGUAUUUACAACAGAACAAAAAAAGGACUUCAUGAUCUGGCCAACUGCAUAACUAGAUUAGAAAAUUAUUAUCGAAGUAGAAAACUUUCAGAUGGAGUUCAACUUUCAGAUACUGAAAUUAAGUUAUGUAAUAUACAGAUUCUAACAGUAAAACAGCGAUUAACUUCUUCUGUUUCAAAUUAUUAUAAUAUACAAGAAGAAUACAUCAAUGAAGUUAAAGAACGAAUAAAACGCCAAGCACAAAUUGCUGGUAUAGAUAUUUCAAAGAUAAAUUUUGAUGAAGCCAUUGAAAAUCAAACUGAUAUAUUCAUGCAAACUGUAUUACCUGAUUAUAAUAUUGCUCAUCAUUAUCUUGCCGAGAUAAAAAAGCGCCAUGAAGAAUUUCUUCAGUUAGAGAAAAGUAUUAUAGAAUUACGUGAUUUAUUUUCUGAUAUGGCUCUAAUUGUACAAGUAGAUCAUGUUCUGAUGGACAGAAUUGAUAAACAUGGACAUUUAGUUAGUAAAAUAGUAAUUGAAGGAAAUAAAAGUGUAUUUCAAUAUUCACAUUCAAAAAAAGUGAAAAAAAUAAAAAGAUAUUUUGUAUAUGGCUGUGCUGCUUUUAUUGCUGUCAUUGUGCUUUUAUCCAUUUUGUCAGCACUUAGAUGAACUAAUUGGAUGUCUAAUUUGCUAUGAAUGAACGAGCUUACUUCAAAAAAUUAUCAGAGAUACUGAAGUUUAUAUAUUGUUACAUUGUACUGUCUGUCAGCCACUUUUGUCUUGAAAUAAUUCCUAAAUUUUCUGUUCUCAUUUUCAAAUAAAAAGAAAUUUAAAAUCCAGAAGUAUUUUGAUUAUGACUCAUAAUUAUGAACCGAAACUGAAACUUCAGUAUCUCCAGAUAUGUGAAAUGGGUGUAAAUACAAAUAAAUAUAAGUAAAUUUCUCAACCUUAU